AUGGCAGAAAAAAUUUUGGAGAAGUUAGAUAUUCUAAAUGAGCAUGCUAAGAUACUCUUGGCCAGAAGAAUAAAGAAAAACAGUCUUCAGAGUUGCAUAAAGAAAAAGACUUUUGUUACACCCUUAACAUUUGAUUUUCAGUUGGAAUUUGAAGAGGCUAUUAUUGAUAAAUCGACCUCUAUGACAGUACCAAAGAGCACAGAAGACAAAUCACAAGGAAUUAAAAAAACAAAAAGGUAUGUCUCCUUCAAAAAUGAGCCUGAACCUAGAAAAAGUAAUUUUGGAAAGUUAAAUUUAAGGCCAUGCUUUGUGCCAACAAAUAUAAAAAAUCAAGAAAGCAAGUCAAUAGCUCAAACUGAAAAAAACCCUAAGGAAUCUUUUGAUUUGGUUGGUCACUUAGAAGAUUAUGUAAAUAAAAGAAAAAAAUCUCUUCAAACGAUGAAUGAUUUUCAUGCAAAAGAAAAUAAAUCUGACAGAAAUGAUCAAUUAAAUGAGUAUUGUUCAGCAGGAAAGAAAAGCUUGAUCCCCUUAUGCUUUGAGGAUGAACUGAAAAAGCCAAAUGCCAAGAUAAUCAACAUUAGUCCUGCAAAGACUGUAACUUCGCACAUGGAACAAAAUGAUACAAAUCCCAUAAUUUUCCAUGAGACUGGAUAUGUACAAACAUUACUUUUGACAAAAAAUAGAUUUCCUCUCUAUCCUAUGGAAAAAAGAAGCAUUUACCCACAUAAAAAAGCAAAUUUUGUUUUAGAAAAAAAUCAUGAACUUCUCAAAUCUUUAAUUAAUGAUAAAUUUAUUACUUCUUCUAAACCGAAAAGCACUGCACCAACAGCAUGGAGGAAAGGUAUACAAGCCAUAACUUUUGAAGUGAGCCAUAGAGUUGUAGCAGAUAAAUUAAAGAAGAAAACUACUAUGCAGACAUUCAAAAACACAUCUUGGAAUAAACUCCAAAAUUUCUCAGGACCUUUUUCCAGCCUAACAAAGAAUUUUGUUGGUUUCCUUGGUAAAACUGUAAUUCAAGAAAUGAGUCCUAAAGCUGGCAAAUUUGAAAGACUGCUGUCUACAGUAACACCAAUGAGCAAAUUUAGUGCCUCACCUGUCAAAUAUUGUUCAAAGCCUUUAAAAAAUGUACUCAAAGUCCAUAAAUUACAUAAUGUAACACCACUGGAUGAUUUGUUAAACCUUUUGAGUGGAAAUUAA